CAGGGCGGCGGCGCUCGGGGCGGGGCGGCCGCGCUCCCGGCUCGGUGACGCCGCGCUCUUGGCAGCCAUGGGGGGCGUGAAGGUGAUCGGCAACGACGCCGAGUUCCAGCCCGAGCUGAGCGCCGCGGGGGCGCGCCUCGCCGUCGUCAAGUUCACCAUGAGGGGGUGUGGUCCGUGUUUGAGGAUCGCUCCGGCCUUCAACGCGUUGAGCAACAAAUACCCGCAGGCGACGUUCUUGGAGGUGGACGUCCACCAGUGCCAGGGAACAGCGGCCACCAACAACAUCUCGGCCACUCCUACUUUCCUCUUCUUCCGGAACAAGGUGCGAAUCGACCAAUACCAAGGAGCCGACGCCGUUGGUUUAGAAGAGAAGAUCAAACAACACUUGGAGAACGAUCCCGGCAAUAACGAAGACGUCGAUAUCCCCAAAGGCUACAUGGACCUGAUGCCCUUCAUCAACAAGGCCGGGUGCGAGUGCCUCAACGAGAGCGACGAGCACGGCUUCGAGAACUCCUUACGGAAAGACUCCACCUACUUGGAGUCGGACUGCGACGAGCAGCUGCUCAUCACCGUGGCGUUUAGUCAACCCGUCAAGCUUUACUCCAUGAAGCUCCAGGGACCAGAUAACGGCCAAGGUCCAAAGUACGUCAAGAUCUUCAUCAACCUCCCUCGCUCGAUGGACUUUGAAGAAGCCGAGAGGAGCGAACCCACGCAGGCCUUGGAGCUGAGCCCGGAAGACAUCAAAGAAGAUGGCAUCAUCCAACUCCGCUACGUCAAAUUCCAGAACGUCAACAGCGUCACCUUGUUUGUCCAAUCCAACCACGGCGAUGAGGAGACAACCAGGAUCACGUACUUCACCUUCAUCGGAACUCCUGUCCAAGCCACCAACAUGAACGACUUCAAACGAGUAGUUGGGAAGAAGGGCGAGAGCCAUUAGGACAGAAGACACUGGAAGGCCUUAUCGCAACCAACGAGAUCUUCACUUGUAGCUCCACCUCCUGGAUGACUCCGCGACCCUCACCAGAGACUCUCGGCCUCUUGCGUUGGACGCCGUGACCCAUAAGUCCCUGCUUCUCCAGCUGGAGCUUCUCCUGGCGUGUUGGUGUGACCCGUCCCACCUCGGGGUGUAAAUAAAGCCAUUCCUUUUGCCA